AUGAACGUGCUCGUGUACAAUGGGCCCGGUGCGUCGCCGGAGUCUGUGAGACAGACGCUGCUCGAACUAAGGAGACUGCUGGAGCCGCACUAUGCGGUGUCUACAGUUCAGGCCAAGGCCUUGUCGAGCGAGCCGUGGCAGGGGAAGACGGCAGCGCUCGUGUUCCCCGGGGGUGCGGACCUGCCGUUUGGCAGGGAGUGCAAGGCCGCUCUGCCGGCUAUAAGGCGGUACGUGAGCCAGCUCGGCGGGACAUACAUUGGGUUCUGUGCGGGAGGAUACUUCGGGAGCAGCCGGGUGGAAUUCGAUGUCGACGGGCCACUGGAGGUGGUGGGCCCACGAGAACUGCAGUUCUUCCCCGACGUCGCCCGGGGGCCUGCCUUUUCAGGUUUCCAGUACAGCUCGGAGGAGGGGGCACGCGCGGCAAUGCUAAAAUCAUCGGAAGCAGGAGCCGGGUCUUUUGCUUGUUACUACAAUGGUGGAUCUGUGUUUCUCGAUGCCCAUAAGUAUGGAAACGUCAGCAUUCUAGCAUCUUUUGAAGAAGAGGUCGAUAUCCCUACCGAUAUGGAGCCCGCCGCACCUCGUGCUGCAGUAGUGCUGUGCUCUGUGGGCAAGGGAAAGGCAUUGCUCACCUCGCCACACCCGGAGUUUAAUCCGAGCUCGAUGUGUGCCGCGCAGGAUGGACUGGCCCCCGGACUUCUUGCGAAACUGAGAGAGCAUGAGCUAUCGCGGGCGCAUUUCAUGCGGUAUAUCUUAACAGAGGCAGGGUUGGAUUGCAAUGAGGCCAUUACACGUCUACCUCCCAGUCUGACUCCGCUGCUGCUUUGUUCGCCGUCACGUCCUGAACUGGUGUCCAGAUUCGUGGAAGGUUUCAAGGAGUCUUCUAAGCCCCUAGCCACCUAUCAUAUACUGGAGGACAACUCUGACAAGUUUGCUUUGCACGAGGGCUUUGAGAGAUAUUCUUGUGCAGAAGGUUUUCUACAGGACCACGAUCCCGAGACUGCUACAAAACAGCUGGUUCUUGGGGCGCACGGCCAGGUACUUCCCCCACGCUCUUUGACCCCAAACUUCGAUAUGGAGAGGUAUUUUGCCAGUUUGGAAAAGGAUACAGGUAUUGGCUCUGUGCUCCUCUAUGGUGAUGUGGUAACCUCGACCAGCGUUCUAUUGGAUUCCAAUAAAAAGCUCCUUGGUCUCCUGCCUGAAAAUUCAGUAUUGCAUGUUGGCUCAUUGCAGCUUUCAGGACGAGGGCGCGGGAGCAAUUCUUGGGUAAAUCCGAGAGGAGUUUCCGCUUCCACUACCUGUAUCUCCUUGCCAUUAGUUUCUCCUAUAACAGGCAAACAUAUUUCGAUUGUUUUUGUCCAGUACCUGGCUAUUCUGGCAUAUUGUGAGGCCAUCUUAUCCUAUGGAUCGGGCUUUGAAGAUAUUCCAAUUAGGAUUAAGUGGCCCAACGAUAUGUAUGUUUUGAAGCCUCACUACUAUUAUCAAAAUAAACUCAGGUUGCUGGGUGGGGGGGUAAAUGCGAAACUACCCGUGCCAGCAGACGCAGAAGAAUCGUACGCUAAAAUAUCAGGAUUGUUGGUAAAUAGCAACCUGAUGAAUAAUAAGUAUUCUCUGCUACUGGGCUGUGGUUUAAAUGUCUCUAAUGAACUACCAACUGUAUCGUUAAAGUCAUGGGUUGAUAUUUUAAACGUCGAAAGGAAGAACAUGGGGUUGAACUUAUUGCCUGAAUUAAGUGCGGAAGAAUUACUGGCGAAAUAUAUGAAUAAGUUGGAUAUUAUUCUCAAAGACUUUGUGAAUCACGGUCCUCAUGUCAUACUACCAAGGUAUUAUAAACUGUGGAUGCACUCUGGCCAGGUUAUAACCUUAACGGAGCAUAAUUGCAGAGCGAAAAUUAGCGGAAUCACGCCUGAUUAUGGGCUGUUAAUAGCCAAUGAACUAAAACAGAAUUCCAAUGAUGAAUAUACCGGAAAAGUGUAUCACUUGCAGCCCGAUGGGAACACUUUUGAUAUAUUCCGCGGUCUGCUGUCGCGUAGAGCAGGAUAG